AUGCAGGAUUCUCCAGUGUUCAAUUACAUAAACAGUUUGUCUCCAAUAAGACCUGUCAAAUCCAUCCAAAAUCCUCACCAGUUCAGCACUCUCAAUUUCACUUCCCCUCCCUCUGUUUUCACUUCACCACACCUAACUUCUUCUCACAAAGAAUCAAGAUUCUUCAAAACUCAUCACCCUUCUUCUUCUGAUCCUACCAAUCCCCUGCAAGAAUCUCCAGACAAAUCUACUGCAAAUGAAGAAGUUGUAGCAGAAGCAGAAGCUACUUCUACUACUACAGAAUUCAACAUAGAUGUUGAAAUGGAGCAGCCACAAAUCGUUAAGGAAACGAAUCUUGAUGAUCCCCUUGCUGUUCCACCUUGUGGUAGAGAGACCACGGAUCUUUCGCUUGUGCCAUACGCUUCUCCUCCUAGAGAAGAGAAUGGUUCUUCAUCUGAGGAUGCUGGGAUGCAGAAGAUGUAUGACAAUGUUCAAGGGAAAAACGAAACUCCGGAUUGGGAUAGUUUGAUUGCAGAUUCUUCUGAGUUCUUAAUCUUUGGGUCACCUAAUGAUUCAGAGGCUUUUAGAUGCCUUAUGAUGCAGAGAGCAUCACCCUCUCAAGCACCUUCAGUGAUGCAAACCAUGCAGCCUGGUUCAAUAAAUGAACCGGAGUCUUCAACCGCAAGUCCUUAUGGGGCUGUUUCAGUCUUGCACCGUGGUAUAAGAAGACGCUGUCUGGACUUUGAGAUGCCAGGGAACAAGCAAACGUCGAGUGAGAACAACACUGCUGCUUGUGGAUCCUCGUCGAGAUGUGUUGUACCGAGUAUUGGUCUUCAUCUGAAUGCCAUUUUAAUGUCCACAAAGGACUGUAAAACCAAUACCACUCAUGAUUACUCGUGUUCUGAGAAGUAUCAAGUGGAUCUACAAGGUUCAAGUUCUACACUGCAAGAAGCAUUGGACCAAACAGAAAUUGAAGCCGUUGAACCAACUUUGGAAGAGUUGCAUUUGAGCAGCCCUAAGAAGAAGAGGGUUAAGUUGGAAGCUGGAGAAGGGGAAUCAUGUAAGCGAUGUAACUGCAAAAAGUCCAAGUGCUUGAAACUAUAUUGUGAAUGUUUUGCUGCUGGAGUUUAUUGCAUAGAGCCAUGCUCAUGUAUAGAUUGCUUCAACAAGCCUAUUCAUGAAGAUACUGUCUUGGCUACUCGCAAGCAGAUUGAAUCUCGGAACCCACUUGCAUUUGCUCCUAAAGUCAUUAAGAGCUCUGAUUUGGUUCUAGAAACCGGGGAGGAUGCAAGCAAAACUCCAGCUUCGGCACGCCAUAAACGUGGAUGCAACUGCAAGAAAUCAAACUGUCUGAAGAAAUACUGUGAAUGCUUCCAGGGUGGGGUGGGAUGUUCCAUAAACUGUAGAUGUGAAGGGUGUAAAAACGCGUUUGGUCGCAAAGAUGGAUCUUCCAUUGUUGACAUGGAAGCUGAACAAGAGGAGGAAAAUGAAACAUCUGAGAAGAACAGAAGAACCAAAAAGCAAGACUACAACACUGAGGUUUAUUUAAUGAGAAAGGAAGAGAGUUCUGCUCUACCUGCAACGCCAAUGUCUAUUUACAGAGAACAAAUGGUUCAGCUAAAGAACAUGAUGCCUCCUCCACAGUCUGUACUUGGAGGUGGAUCUUCAUUUAACAGUCAAUAUACAAGAAAACCGGAAAUUAGUUUGACUCAUUCUCGGACUAAGAAGUCAUUGGAGACAGUCGCAGAGGAUGGAGCUGAAGAAAUGCCUGAGAUUCUUAGCCACUCCCAUAUAGAUAACAACACCAAGGCUGUCUCUCCCAAUGGUAAGAGGGUCUCUCCUCCUCAUCUGGACUCAUCAAGCUCAGGGUCAGUCUUAGGGAGAAGAAGUGGUGGGAGGAAACUGAUACUGCAGUCGAUUCCAACGUUUCCUUCACUCACUCCUAAACACUAA